AUAUAUAUUGGCUGGCUAUCUAUCUGCCAAAGAAAUUGUAAUGCUCGUUUGUGUUAGGUUUGCUUGAUUUAUAAUCCAAUUUUUUCUGCUGUUUUUCUCUGAUCAAACUUCAUCAAACGCAGCCCCCAUACACAUUCACUAACAUGUUUGGGCAGUUUUCUCCCAUUGACAUCCUUUAUUCACUGGUUUUUUCUACCGCUAAAUGAGGUUAUAAAAUCGUAAACAAUGAAACUGUACAACCUUAGCAACGACGCAGCGAAGCCCUGCUUUGUGCUGUCGUUCAAGGAGCUGCUGAUAAUGCUGGACUGUGGGCUGUCGGCGCAUUCGGUGCUAAACUUUCUGCCACUGCCACCUGUACCCAGCACGCGGCUGGCCUCGCUCCCCAACUACACACCACCACAUCUCAAUGACCCUUUAUUGGAAGGAGAAUUAAAAGAAUGUUGUGGUCGAGUGUUUGUGGACAGCAUCCCUGAGUUCUGCCCACCGCUGGACAAGGUGGUGGACUUCUCGCAGCUGGACGUUAUCCUCAUCUCCAACUACACAUGCAUGAUGGCGCUGCCCUUCAUCACUGAGGACACGGGUUUCAAGGGACAGGUUUAUGCCACAGAACCUACUUUACAGAUAGGCAGGUUCUACCUGGAGGAGCUGGCGUCGUGGGUGAGCGCGGGCGGCGGCGCGGGCGCGCGGCGCUGGAAGGAGCUGCUGCACGUGCUGCCCGCGCCGCUGGCGCUGGCGGCGCGGCCGCGCGCCUGGCGCCGCCUGUUCGCGCGCGGCAGCGUGGCGCGGGCGCUGGCGCGCGUGCGCGUGGUGGGCUACGACGAGCGCGUGGACGUGUACGGCGCGCUCGACGCCACCGCCGUCUCCUCCGGCUUCUGCCUCGGCUCCGCCAACUGGGUGCUGCGCUCGGCGCACGAGAAGGUGGCGUACGUGAGCGGGUCGAGCACGCUGACGACGCACCCGCGCCCCAUCAACCAGGCGGCGCUCAAGGGAGCAGACCUCCUGAUCCUGGCCGCCCUCACACAGACGCCCGCACACAACCCCGACCACAUGCUGGGCGACCUGUGCGUGCACUGUACAGUGACGCUGCGCGCGGGCGGCUGCGUGCUGUGCCCGGUGUACCCGAGCGGCGUGCUGUACGACCUGCUGGAGUGCCUGUCGGGGCACUUGGACGGCGCCGGGCUGGCGCACGUGCCGCUGUACGUGGUGUCGCCCGUGGCGGACUCCUCGCUCGCCUACAGCAACAUCCUGGCCGAGUGGGUGUCGGCGGGCAAGCAGGCGCGCGUGUACCUGCCGGAGGAGCCGUUCCCGCACGCCGCGCUGGCGCGCGCCGGCCGCCUCAAGCACGCCCGCGAGCUGCACGACGACGCCUUCAGCGCCGACUUCCGGCAGCCGUGCGUGGUGUUCUGCGGGCACCCGAGCCUGAGGUUCGGCGCGGCCGUGCACCUCGUGGAGCUGUGGGCCUCCAAUCCCGCGCACGCCAUCAUCUUCACAGAGCCGGACUUCCCGUACACGGAGGCGCUGGCGCCGUUCCAGCCGCUGAGCAUGAAGGCGUUCCACUGCCCCAUCGACACCUCGCUCAACUACUCGCAGGCCAACAAGCUGGUGCGCGAGCUGCGGCCGCGCGCGCUGGCGCUGCCCGAGCAGUACGCGCCCGCGCCGCCCGGCGUGGCGCGGCCCGCGCUCAGCGUCGACGUGCCCACGGUGGUGCUGCGGCGCGGCGCGGCGCGCUCGGUGGGCCCGCGGCGGCGCGCGGCGCUGGGCACGCUGGCGGCGGCGCUGGCGGCGCGCGCGGCGCCGGCCGACGUGCGGCCCGGCCUGCGCCUGGCGCCGCUGGCCGCCGCGCUCUGCAACCGCGACAACCGCCUCGAGCUGCAGCCGCCGCCGCACAGCACGCCGCCGACGCUGCACUGGGGCGCGCUGGACGUGGACGCGCUGGUGCGCGCGCUGGCGCGGGAGGGCAUCACGGAGGUGCGCGUGGAGCGCGGCGGGGCGGGCGCGGGCGCGGGGGGCGCGGCGGGCGCGGAGGGCGGCGCGGGGGCGGGCGGCGCGGACGCGUGCAUCGUGCACCUGCCGCGGCACGACACGCUGGUGCACGUGGAGCGGCACGCCACGCACGUGUUCUGCGAGGGCCGCGGCGACGUGCGCCAGGCGCUGCGCCGCGCCAUCACCGCCUGCCUGCAGCACGUCUGAUCCCGGCCCGCUCUCGUCUACCGCUAACUUGUUGUGUGCGAUAUCAUUCAUAUAUUUUAUAUUCCUUCUCACUCUAUCAUCGAAGAGAAAGAAAACAUAUGCUUUGUACACUUCCGUAAAUAAACCCACUAAUUUGAUAAAGAAAUGUGACUCGAGAAUCAAUUUUGUA